AUGGCCACCUCGAAGCUUCUAGCUUCCACCCUCCGCAAAACCCUAAGAAGCACCACCACCACCACCUCCUCCUUCCGCCACCUGUCAACCGCGGCAGCAAUAGCAUCGGCACCAGAACCCGAAGAUUCCAUGACAGUAAAAGGCGUGAAAAUCUCAGCUCGUCCUCUCUACCUCGACAUGCAAGCAACAUCGCCAGUAGACCCUAGGAUUCUCGACGCGAUGCUCCCUUACUAUAUCGCUCGCUACGGCAACCCUCACUCACGGACUCACCUCUACGGCUGGGAAUCCGAUCAAGCCGUCGAAACUGCCCGCUCUCAGGUCGCCGAUUUAAUCGGGGCGUCGCCGAAAGAAAUCGUCUUUACUUCAGGAGCGACGGAGUCUAAUAAUAUUUCAGUUAAAGGAGUUAUGAAGUUUUAUAAGGAAAAGAAACGACAUGUUGUUACUACUCAGACGGAGCAUAAGUGUGUUUUGGAUUCUUGCCGGCAUCUUCAGCAAGAGGGUUUUGAGGUUACUUAUUUGCCGGUUGGGAAUGAUGGGAUUGUUGAUUUGGAGAAGUUGAAGGGGUCAAUUCGGCCGGAUACUGGGCUUGUUUCUGUUAUGGCGGUGAAUAAUGAGAUUGGUGUGAUUCAGCCUAUGGAGGAGAUUGGGAAAAUUUGUAAGGAGUUGAAUGUUCCAUUUCAUACGGAUGCAGCGCAAGCUUUAGGGAAGAUUCCGAUUGAUGUAGACAAGUGGAAUGUGAGUUUGAUGUCUUUGAGUGGGCAUAAGAUUUAUGGACCGAAAGGGGUUGGUGCUUUGUAUAUGCGCAGGCGGCCGAGGAUCAGGGUGGAGCCGCAAAUGAAUGGGGGUGGACAAGAGAGAGGGAUAAGGAGUGGGACGGUGCCUACUCCAUUGGCUGUGGGGAUGGGGGCAGCGUGUGAAUUGGCGAAAAAGGAGAUGGAAUAUGACGAGAAGAGGAUUAGGACCUUGCAAGAGAGGUUGUUGAAUGGAGUUAGGGCUAAGCUUGAUGGUGUUGUGGUGAAUGGGAGUGUUGAGAGGAGGUAUGCUGGGAAUUUGAAUCUUUCGUUUGCAUAUGUUGAAGGAGAGAGUUUGUUGAUGGGGUUGAAGGAUGUGGCUGUGUCGAGUGGGAGUGCUUGUACGAGUGCUAGUUUGGAGCCUUCGUAUGUGUUGAGGGCAUUAGGGGUGGAUGAGGACAUGGCACACACCUCGAUCAGGUUCGGAAUUGGGAGGUUUACUACAGAGGAAGAGAUUGACAGGGCAAUUGAGCUCACGGUGCAUCAAGUUGAGAAGUUAAGGGAAAUGAGCCCGCUUUAUGAGAUGGUGAAGGAAGGGAUUGAUAUUAAGCAGAUUCAAUGGUCACAACACUGA